UAUGUUGUGUCUUAUCAUUUAGUUUCUUUGACUUUUCUAUGUUUCAUUUCACUUACUAUCUACGACUACUUCUAUAAAGCAUAGCCAUAAAGUUUAAGGACUAACUAAGGGAGAGAGUUUUGAACUUUGAGAGCCAGAAGCUUGGAACUCAGAAGUUUGUUGGAGGAGCAUAUAUUUUCAGAAAUAGCUAAUACAAAGGCUUUUAUAUGAUAGUUAACGUUUAUGCUAUAAGUGCUUAAUUAAGCUAUUUAUCCACACAGAAAAGGUGAUAUCAUGGGAUCAUCUGCUGAAUAUCAUAUGCAACAAAUAAUUAACAUUCCAGAAAAGAUUGAACCUUCCCUUUGGCCUCAAUGUUGUAUCUACAAUGUUCCUACUAUUCUUUCGAAGGUGAAAGAAGAAUCCUUUACACCUCUACUGAUAUCAAUUGGUCCUAUACACCGUAACAACGAAAAACUUAAGGGAAUGCAAGAACAAAAGGAAAGGUAUUUUCAUUUCUUUUGGAAUCGCGUAGAACAAAAAAACGAUUUAAUGGACUACAAAGCCUUUCUUGAAAAAGAAGAACAAAAUAUACGCUGCCAUUACCAAAAGAAAUUCACUGAUAUCAGUAAUGAACAAUUUGUUGAGAUGAUACUGUUGGAUGCUGUGUUCAUCCUGGAGUUGUUUCUAAGAGAGACUAAAAAAUGGGAACACAAAGAUGAUUAUAUAGUGACUCAACUUUGUUUAAGCAAAAGUAUUCAACGCGACUUAUUGCUUCUCGAGAAUCAGCUUCCAAUCUAUGUCUUGGAAAAACUAUAUGACAAAGUUGUUCCAAGCAGUGUCAAAAAGCAUAACUGGUUUCUCAUGCUUGCUCAUGAGUAUUUUGCAUGUUUUUACCCCUAUCGCAAGGAAUCAUCAGAAAAAAUGUUUGAGGCGAAGAAGUGGGAGAAAUCACUUCAUUUCACUGAUUUGAUUCGAUGUUCUUAUCUUCCUAAGAAGCUAAGCAAUCAGUAUAAUGAUACUCACAAAGAGUGUUUGAUGUUAAGGACUGCAACAAAGUUGAAUGAAGCUGGUAUAAGCUUUGAGAAGGUUCAUAAUAGAUGCUUACUUGACAUAAAGUUUGAGAAAAAACCCUAUCUGAGUUGGUUUCUUUGCUUAGGUUGCUUGCCAUGUUUCAAGUGUUUCAAAGCUAGAUUUCUAUUUCCACAGUUAAAAGUAGACCACAAGACCGAAUGUGUUCUUAGGAACCUAAUUGCUUUCGAGCAGUGUCACUAUCCCGAUGAGCCUUACAUUUGCAAUUAUGUUUCUCUGGUUGAUUCUCUUAUUCACACCAAAGAUGAUGCGGAGUUGCUGGUUGAGAAAGAAGCCAUUGUGCAUGAGCUGGGAAGCAACGAGGAAUUAACGAGUCUUGUUAACAGUCUAUGCAAACAUGUUGUGACGAAUUCGUCAUGUUAUUACCAACUUAUGGAAGAUCUUAAUGAUCACUACAACAGCGAGUGGAAAAGAGCUAUGGGAACAUUAAGGUGGGUUUACUUCCGCGACCCUUGGAGAAGCAGUUCGACCAUAGUUGGGAUAUUUGUUCUAUUAUUCACAAUCUUCAACUUUCGCCGUGUUGUUGAUCUAAUGUUUUAGUUAUUUGAGAAUUAUAUGUAUUGAAUCACUUUUCUACAUUAGUCAUUUACCUGUACUAGAAUUAUUGUUGCAUAUGUUUGAUGAUUCUACAUCAUGAACUCUUGCAAGUAUGUUAUAAUAAAUGAUAAGCUUUCUAAA